GUUGGUGGGGAUAACCGAGAACUACUAUUUUCGGAUAAAAAAUUAGCGUUUGGGUAUAAAGGGAGGAUAAGGGCCUAUUCCUAUCCCUAUCCCCUAACCAAUCGCUGAAAGAAGUUGUUAUCCAUCACUUGACAAGCGUAGCGUGUGUUGUAAGCUAACCAACCAUGACAAUUAAAAGGAAAAUACUUCUUCUGGUAUAUCAAAUUAUAUAUAUAUAUAAAAAACAACGGUGUCAAACGAGGCAUUAGUAGUUGCUAUAUCAUUUUCUCAAACUUCAAUAUGCGGGUUUUGAGUUUUUAAAUCAUGUAUUGUUACAGGAGUGUGAGAAAUUUAGGUUAGGACUCAGAAUAGCAGUGAAUUUAGGUGCUUUUUUGAGCAAUAUUUGCUUGUAACAGUGUGUGGUUUGUGUUUUUUCUACUUCUAUUGAGUUGGUUAGAGCACAUUUAGGGCAUGAUUGGCCCGAGUUUGCAGUUUUCAUCUACGCUUUUAUGAUUUUUUUUUAGAUUAGGCUUGUUUAACUUAAAGUGUCUACAAGUCUAAAGCAUUAUAAAGGAAAAAUGUCUUUUCGUAAAUUAUGAAGGAUAGAAAUCUUAAAGAGUUUUAUUAAGGUUUGUCGAUAAUGUAUGCCGUACAAUAUGCAAAGGAUACUAUUGGGCUUGGUUGCGGCAGUUCUGUGAGUAAAUUAGGCUGCUUCUUGACAAUAUAUUGGGGCCGGAACUCUGCUUUGUUUUGUGUGUCUUAUGUUUCUCAGGUAUUUCUUCCGGCCUGCUAUGGAAGAGAGCAAUGCAUUUUAUGUUGUUCGGAAGGGAAACACCGUCGCUGUUUACAAAGAUUUUAAUGAUUGUCAGGCUCAAGUUAGCUCUUCGGUAUGCAAUCCUCCUGUAAGUGCCUAUAAAGGUUAUGGUUUACGUAAAGAAACAGAGGACUACCUUACUUCUCGUGGGCUAAGAAAUCCUUUAUAUACCAUUGAUGCGGCAGAUGUAAAAGAAGAUUUGUUUGGUACUCUGGUUCCCUGUUCUUUUCAGGAUAUUGCUAGAUCUAGUUCUAGUCCUGCUAAUCUUCCAAAGAAUUAUCCUGAUCUAGGACGUUCCCCUGUGGCACAACCGGCAAACCGUAAACAGGACACAUCUGGUUCUGCUCCUUCCUCCGAUCACUUCAGGAAAACUCUUAGUCCGGGUUUUAACUCCGUUGAGACACAGUCAAUUAACAAACCACAGGUUGCUGGGCACAGUCGCUUCUCCACUGAUCUCUUACCGAACAAUCUCAUUCUAGGGUUUUCCGUUGAGCCACGACCAAUCUCUCAACAACCUAUGCUAUGCAUUCUUGAAUUUGAUGGUGCUUCAAAAGGAAAUCCUGGAAAAGCUGGCGCUGGAGCAGUACUUCGCACAGAAGAUGGGAGAGUGAUAUGCCGACUUCGUGAGGGCUUGGGCAUAGUUACUAACAAUGUAGCUGAAUACCGAGCUGUGAUUUUGGGCUUGAAAUAUGCUCUUAAGAAAGGAUUCAGAAGAGUUCAAGUGAGAGGCGACUCUCAAUUAGUUUGUAUGCAGGUGAAAGGACUCUGGCAGACCAAGAACCAGAACAUGAUAGAAUUGUGCAAGGAAGUUAACGAACUUAAAGAAAGGUUCUUAGACUUUGAGAUCAGCCACAUGAAGAGGGAGUACAAUGCUGAUGCGGAUCAACAAGCGAACAUAGCUAUUAAUCUUCCAUAUGGUUCAAUCUCGGAGGAACCUGGAGAAGGUUACUAGUACUUACCUGAGAUGUUCUCUCUUCUUUCUGCUUCCAGGUACUUUAAUAUAUAAACUUAGAAACGAAUCGAAAUCUCUAUAUCGAUAUUGCAAGAAGGUGAUCUUAACAGUUACAGUUUCUGAAAGAUCUUUUAACAUGUAUGGUGGAUUUUGGAAAUCCUAAUGCAACCACCAUGCUAACAAUUUGAAUGUUGGUAAAUUGAUGGAUCAAACUAUGUUGAACUCCGCAGAAAAUGCGAAUGUUUUUCCAUGUUACAAAGUUUCUGCUAACAAAGAAAUAUCUCAAAAUUGUCGCAUUCUUGCCCUGUUGUAAAUCCUGGAUUUGUUAUGUUGAGGCAUCUGUUUUUGAGAAAUUGUCGAAUUCCCGAGUGUUUGUUGGAGACACAGGGAUAAGGAUUAGUAUAUGUAAGAAUUAUAGUUUGAGUUAAGCCAAAGUCCUAUUGUCGUUGUGUU